AUGGACAGCGUGGAGUACUCGGGCCUCCGGCAGUUCCUGCUGGGAUCCCUUUCUAGAGAGAGUCGUGUGCACAGAGAGCUCUGGGAGUGCAACGGCGCGACGUACACUACAUACCGCAAGUACCUCCACCACGUGCGGGAGUUCGGGUUUCCAGAUGAGCAGGAAUUGGGCAGCCUCCCCCUGGCGGUGGCGCUGAGGAAGGGAUCAGUGGCGCCUGCAGACCCGCUGUCUCCCGAGCCAGGGCCCCAGGGCCGAAAACUGCCUGCAGCAUUCUCAUUCUCGGGUGUGAAGCAUAUUCUGGAUGAUUGCAAGUCUCCAGUCACUGUCCUGAGCUUUGGCAAGCUGACGUCCAACCUUCUUGCAUAUGCCAGCAUUGAUGGCAAUGUUUGGGUGGCCCGACUUGGCCAUGUGCCAAUUGUUCAAAAGUUGUCAGGUGGGCAUGGCAAGGAAAUCAGAGGCAUGGAUUGGUCAGCAGACAACAGCUGGCUGGUCACGUGUGCCGCGGACUGCUCUGUGUGUCUUUGGGAUGUUGACCGUGGCAUCUGUUCCAGAUGCUUGAUGACACCUGAGGCUUCAUCCUGCUGUAGGUACCAGGGUCGCCCAUUGUUCCAAAGUUGUGGCUUUCCUUUGUCGCAGCAGAGUGAUUGCGGUGGAGCCCAUGUGGGCAAGUUUGCAUUCCUGGUGCUUCGGACACUGCUGUGCUGUGAUGUCCCACCACAGGCCUUCACAGUUGAUGCCCAACACCAUCCAGUAAAUUGA